AGGAGGCAGUCGUUAGUUCGACUCAUGAUUACGUCUACAGAAGAAGAUCUUACCGUCACUGCUGCUGCUGGCUAACCACAUCAUAUCCGCCGAGUAUCAACACACUGAACACAUCUACGGAAAGUACUACACGUUGAUAUGGAUGGAAAAGCAAGUGACCCCUUUAGCAGUGAGGCAGAACAGCUUCCUGGGGCAGGAGUCAUGGGGAGGCUUUGGCUGCCCAAAGGUCUUUCUGGUAGUGUGAUUAAGGAUUGGGUGGACCGCAGGCGGAAGUCCAUCCGUCCAUGGGCCAGCUUUGUAGAUCAGCGCAAGUUCUCCAAACCUCGAAAUUUUGGAGAGCUGUGCCAGCGUGUGGUGAGAAACCUGAACACCUAUCACAGCAACUACACCUUCAUCUUCCUGGGACUCAUCCUCUACUGCAUUGUCAGUUCCCCGAUGCUCUUGAUUGCUUUGGGAGUGUUUGCUGGUGCCUUCUAUAUAAUCCACUUGAAAACACUGGAAAAGAAGCUGGUUGUUUUUGGUCGUGAGUUGACUCAGGGACACCAGUUAGGUUUAGCCGGGGGGGUUUCCUUCCCUGUGUUCUGGCUCGCAGGGGCAGGAUCUGCUGUGUUUUGGAUACUAGGUGCUACGCUAGUGGUUAUUGGGUCUCAUGCGGCCUUUCAUGAACUGGAGUCGUCUGACAUGGAUGAGCUGCUCAUGGAACCUGUUUAAACCUCUCACCUUUGACCUUUUGGCUCAUGUCAACUGAAAAUGUCUUGCCUCAUCAUUUACAUUGCCACAUAUUGGUUGCACUAAUUUGACAAUAUUAGUUUAUGCACAGAUUGGCCAGCAAAGAAGUGAAGACUGUUAAACUGAAUUCACCCAAGACAGAUCAAGCACAUUAAAACACCUCAAAUGCCUUUACUGGUACCAAUUGGAUAUCAUGUUCAUUUGUUACGUUAUUUAUUUCCAAAAUAUCCUCAAAGCACAAACUAAAUGCACUGUGACCUUAAGCAAAAAUGCAGUUUAGUAGUAAAAACUAUUUCAAGUUAUACUAUCCUUAAAGGCACAGUUUACCCAAACCUGGAAAUUCCAAACUGGAACACAAAAGAAGAUAUUUUUGAAGAAUGUUUUUUUCCACAAUGAAAGAAACAGGGUCCAAAACAACAUUGGUUCCUAUUGACUUUCAUUGAAUGGACAAAAAAAACAUUUCUCAAAAUCGUUUUAUUUAUGUUCCGCUGAACAUAAUGAUGAUAUGAGGGUGAGUAAAUGAUGACUUUUUUGAUGAUUUUAACUUUUGGGUGAACUAUCCCUUUAAAGAUUUUCAGUUUUUUUCAUAUCCUCGUGGACAAGUAUAAGGAGUAGCUUUUGAUCAAAAGAUUAUGCUAGCUCAUCCAAAAUAGCGAGAGAAAAAAAUCAGACAACAAGAAUGUACUGUCUUGACAGUUUCUUUGAUUUAUAGGGUACCAGUCAUUACAUGAUCAUUUGUCUUAGGCUAUACUCAUAAGUUGUUACAUCAGUCUUGUUAGGACAGCUAGCGCAUGCAUGAUUUAAUAACCGCAUGCGUCAGCAAAGAUAGUAUAUUAUUGCUAUUCAGUGUAAUCAGUUUCUAAUGCCAAUAUUCCCAGUGGAUGUUUUUUUUUAUAUAUCUAUGUUCUCAUUUUAUGGAAAUUUGUUUAUUGUCUCUUAUUUUACAACUUGCUUCUGUUGUGUCAGUGAAUGGGAAGUGCAAUAAAAUGCUCAGCCUGUA